GCCCUCAGUUGAAGCGCAGCGACCCAGACGCGGGCCAGAACCAACUGGAUGAUCCUGUCUCCACCAACCCGUCCGGACCAGAGGCUGACUGAGGGGAAAAGGCCACUCUGAAGCGAAUGAAGAAACAACUUAUCUUUCACUUCACAUACAGAGGACUUCUAACGAGAGGAAAAAAGAGUAAAAGAAGAAAAUGGAGUAUAAAUUACGAAAAGCUGAACCCAGGGACGUACCUGAUAUAUUACGACUGGUGAAGGAGCUUGCAAAGUACGAGGAGAUGGAGCACCAGGUGACACUGACUGAAAAAGAACUCCUUGAGGAUGGAUUUGGUGACACCCCGUUCUAUCAUUGCGUCAUCGCUGAAAUCCAAGGAGAGAACAGCAGUGACGAUCCGAAGGUGGUGGGUUUCGUCAUGUACUACUUCACCUACGACCCCUGGGUUGGCAAGCAGCUGUACCUGGAGGAGUUCUACGUGAUGGAGGAGUACAGAGGGCUGGGCAUCGGUUCGGAGCUCCUGCGCCACCUCUGUGAUCUGGCGUUAAAGACACGCUGCACCGGCAUGAUGUUUAUCGUCGCGGAGAACAACGAGCCGUCCAUUCAGUUCUACAAGCGGCGUGGCGCCGAGGAUCUCUCUCAGGAGGAAGGCUGGAGGCUCUUCAAGUUCGACAAGAACAGCCUCGUCAAGAUGGGCACUCCGACGGAGGAAUGAAGGAGGCCCAGCGCUCACCAGAAGAGGAGGAGGAGGAGAAGGAGACCUGAGUGUCUGACCUGAGACAAAGAGUAUGGCUGCUGUUUCUGACGAGUCAUGUUAUUGAAUCUGAUGUUGUCGCCACUGUAACUCUCGGUGGCGGCAUCGCAGCAGCCCGCUCACGUAUCGGUCGGCCUCUCUGCGUCUCCUCUCCGGUCAGACGAAGAAGUUCAGCUUUUUUAAAAAGGGGAAUUGUGUAUCACAGUAACAUGUUUUCUGUUUGUAGUUUCAUAAUCUUAGUGAGCUUUUUGUCUGUCGUUAACUCUGAAUCAUUUAUGUUUAUUUUAACCUUUCAUUCUGUGUUUGUAUCGGUGCAGGAAGAGUUUUCAAUAAAACUUAUCUCACAUGUC